AUGCAAUUUGAACAACUCCUGAGCCGUGUUGGAAGAAUGUCAAACCGACAUCAACUGGGAUGUUUCGUCAGCGGGCUUAAAGGAUUUCUAAGAACGGAGGUGCAAGCCUCACUCCCCAGUUCUCGAACAGAAGCCAUCGGGGUGGCCAGGCUAUAUGAAGCACGAAAUAUGAGUAUGAAGAAACCUCCAAUAUAUGAAGACCGACGCAUAGGUUCCAGGGACGCGUUUCCACUGUUGCCUUCGUCAAAUUUGACUCGCACCAAACCAAUUCCUAACCGCCGCCUCUCACCAGCAGAGAUGCAAGAUCGUCGAGCCAAAAGGGUUAUGUUUCAACUGGGACGACAAGCAAUUAAGACGAACGACGAGAACGGGACGACGGGGUCUGGACAUGGAGUUGGUGACAUUGCUGAGGUCGGAUAUGAAGAGGAAGGAUUUUUUGACACCCAGGAUAUGUACCCAGUGACCGGAUCUUCUGUUGAUUUCAGGUGGAACCCAAAGCAGACCAGUGACCUGUCGAAUCCAAGAAGAAGUGAAGAAGACCAAUUCGUCGAUGGAUUUUCGGUAGAACCGGAGUUGAUUUUCAGUGGAUAUUUCUGCUUAAUAUCGACAAUGACCUACAGUCAUGUUCCUGCUACCAAAAAAUCCAGGCUUUCUAUAAUCCCUGCCCAUAAAGAAGCUCUUCUCGAUCGCCCCCAAGCAAAGGCGGCUCCAUCAAAUCCGGCUUCACGUCUCGCCAAAUCACUAGUUUCACAUCUCCUCCACCCUCAUCUUCAAACCCCUCCCCGGACCGAUCUUCACCAGUCCAUUCGGAGCUCGUUUACCGUAGAGAAACACUCCACUCCCACAACUUCUCUUAAGGAGGUCAUAGCGCACAAGUGGCGUGACAUGCAUGGUUCCCCGGACUGGGACAAUCAUUUGGAUCCUCUUCCGCCUUGGCUCCGACGAGAGAUCGUCAAAUAUGGAGAAUUCGCACAAGCAACAUACGAUGCUUUUGAUUUUGAUUCUUUCUCCGAGUACUGCGGGACCUACCGGUACAACCGUAGAAACAUGUUCGAGAAACUAGGCCUUAGCAGAAAUGGCUACACGGUUAGCAACUAUAUUUAUGCCAUGUCCAAUAUAGAUAUGCCUCGGUGGCUGGAGAGGUCACAUUUGGCGGACAAGUGGAGCAAAGAUUCCAAAUGGAUCGGCUACGUGGCGGUCAGCGACGACAAUGAGACACGUAGGAUCGGACGGAGAGAUAUUGUGGUGGCGUGGCGCGGAACCGUCGCACCCUCGGAGUGGUACGAGGAUUUGCAAAGGAAUUUGGAGCCAUUUGGGCAGCGAGAUGCCAAAGUCCAACAUGGGUUUCUUAGCCUUUACACUAGCAAGAAUGAAUCUACAAGGUACAACAAGACAAGCGCCUCAGAGCAAGCGAUGAAAGAAGUGGCAAGGCUUGUGGAAAUGUACAGGGAAAAAGGUGAAGAAGUAAGCCUUACGAUCACCGGACAUAGCUUGGGUGGCGCGCUGGCUCUGCUCAAUGCUUACGAAGCCGCAGCAACCACUCCCAACCUACCCGUCUGCGUGAUCUCCUUCGGCGCACCGAGGGUCGGCAAUGUUGGUUUCCGAGACGAGCUUCAUCAGCUGGGAGUCAAAACUCUGAGGGUGGUACUCAAGCAAGACGUAGUCCCUCGGAUGCCGGGGCUUGUUUUCAACGAGAACUUACAAAAGUUUGAUAAUAUCACCGGAUCAUUGGAAUGGGUUUACACCCACGUCGGAGCCAAACUGAAGCUCGACGUUCGAUCAUCGGCAUACCUCAAACGUGGGUUCCACUUCAAGGGGUUCCAUAGCCUUGAGACAUACCUUCAUCUUGUGGACGGGUUUCUUAGUAGUGCCACAACAUUUCGGUCUGGUGCGAGGAGGGAUGUUGCGUUGGUGAACAAGGCGUGUGAUAUGUUGGUGGAUGAGCUUAGGAUCCCACGUUGCUGGUACCAGUUCGCCAACAAGGGAUUAGUACGUAAUGCUCAUGGGAGAUGGGUAAAACCAAAGAGAGAUGCAGAAGACAUACCUUCACCAGCUGGUAGGGAAGAAACCGUGAAUGCUAUUGCAGUUGGAAUGCAAGCACAAGAUGCAGUUGAUUCUGUACUAUAUGUUAUAAAAAUAAAUAAAUAA